GCUCACUGUCACAGCACACUACUCGCUUCCCAAAGGGAUAAAUUUUAAGUUUAGUGUGGUGCGGGAGUCUAUAUAGUCCUUUCGAUCAUGCUGAAAAUUGGAUUUCUAGGCUCUGGAAAAAUGGCUCAGGCCUUGGCAAAAGGGUUUAUUGCAUCAGGUCUUACAAAAGGAGAGCAUUUGAUUGCUAGCUCUCCGCCAGCGGACCAAAAAUUUCUAAAUGAAUUUAAGAGUUUUGGUGGAAAAACUACCCACGACAACAAAGAAGUUGCUGAAAAUUCCGAGAUAUUGAUUCUGGCUGUGAAACCGUUUGCAGUGACUUCCGUUUUGGACAGCAUUAAAAGCAAUUUUAGCAACUCGCAUUUGCUGAUUUCAAUCGCCAUGGGAAUUAAAAUCGACACGAUGGAAAAAUGUCUUCCUGGUAAGUCACGGGUUAUGCGGGCAAUGCCGAACACCCCAGCAGCCGUUGGAGCGGGCGCCAGUGUCAUUUGCGGAGGUUCGCACGCCAGGCCAGAAGAUGUGAUGGUCACAGAAAGACUCAUGACUGCCGUGGGCACGUGUAGAACAGCGCCCGAGUCCAGUUUUGAUGCAGUCACGGCGCUUAGCGGCUCUGGACCCGCAUACAUACUGGCUAUGAUAGAAGCCUUAUCAGACGGGGGCGUAAAAAUGGGUCUACCCAGAGACCUGGCCACCCAGCUAGCGAUUCAAACAACUUUAGGGGCGGCGACUAUGGCCAAAUCGUCGGCAGAGCACUUGGCUGUUCUGCGAGAGGCAGUCACGUCCCCUGCAGGUUCAACCGCAGCGGGAUUGCACGUGUUGGAAAAGGGCGGAAUUAAAGGCUGCAUUGCUUCGGCCGUGGAGGCAGCCACCGAGAGGUGCAUUCAAGUCAGCUCAAAAUACUGAAAAUUCUUUACGGUUAAUGUUAUUCGCAAAAAUGUUAUAUUUUUUACCUUCUCUAAUGCGAGAAAUCUGAAAAUAUUGAGUAAUGAUAUUUAAGAACGAUUUUGGUUCUAAUUGAAAAUAGAUCUUGAUGAUAACUUUUUAUAAAGCUAGAGAGGUGCAAGGAUGAUUAAAACAAACUAGUUUUCUUAACGACAAA